AUGACCGCCGCCUCGCUCGCGUUGGCGAGUCCUUUCCGGCUUCUCCUCCGCGCUCCUCACCCGCGCAGAGCCAUCCCCGUUCCGUGCUACUUCAUCUCGCGAGGACGGUAUAGCACCGCCAUUGCCGUCGCAGCAGCUAGGGAUUCGUCGGUGAAAGGAAGCGUGGACAGGAAUUCAGCAGAGGAAGUCAGGAACAUUCUGGAUAUGGCAGAAAGGGCUUCCCAACGAAGAGAUGUUUUCCACACCAAUUUUCUUACUCCACCUAUAGUGAAAGAGGCUAUGCUGGCAGUUGAAAAGUUAGCAGAUAUCAAAGCAGUAGCUCAGGGUGGCUACCCUCAGGCUGAGAGGUGCCGAAUCUCUGUUGGACACCCGGACUUCAUGACAAGUAAUCCAGAUGUAGUUGCCGCUUUGAGCAUCUCAGGGAAUUUCCGAUUGGAACCCUGUUCACAUGGUGACUUUCUUGGUGCUAUUCUCGGGACAGGAAUAACAAGGGAGAAAGUUGGAGAUAUUCUUUUGCAGGGGGAACGAGGUGCCCAGGUCCUUGUUGAUCCAGAACUUGUUGACUAUCUGAUUUCUACCCUGGAAAAGCGGCUGCAGCAGCCAGGCGCGAGGAGGCGGCUGCUGAGCGUGCAGCAGCAGCGGAGCGGGUGGCUCGCAUCGCCCAGGCGGAGCUUGCUGCGGCGCGUGCGGCUGAAGCCGCCCACCAGGCAGCAGCGGAGGCGCGGGAGGCUGCAGCAGCGGCGGCUGCGCUCCGUGUGGAUGCGAACGCGGGCGAGCAGGAGGACUACGGCGCCCGGGCGGGCGCAUCGGAUGCAGGAGAGGCGGCGGCUGCGGCUUUGCGCCGCGGAGCGGACGCCGAGCGGGCCUGGCCCGACGCAGGCGGCCUGGACGGACGCGGUGGACGUGAGGCUGGCGACUGCGACGGCUUCGACGACCGACGCAGACGCGACGCGGGCCGCUUCGACGGACGACGCCGCGACUUCAACCGAGACGCACGGGACCGAGACGAGCGGGCGGCACGCGACGCCAACGCCUGGCUGGAGCGGGAGGAGCAGCGCGAGGCGCGGGACCUAG